AUGUCCGGUAAAGCUGUAAAUGUCGCCGUUAUUGGUGCUGGUGUUGUUGGUGCCUCCUUUUUGGACCAAAUUGUCGACAUGAAAACAUCUAUAUCAUAUAAUUUGAUACUAGUUGCUGAAGCCAACCAAUCAUUGAUCUCCAAAGAUUUCAAACCAUUAGAAUUUGUGAACAACGACUGGAAAGCAGCUCUUGCAGCUUCAGGGGAUAAAACUAUGACAUUGCCUGAAACUAUUGACUUUUUAAAGAAGUCACCUUUGCCUGUUAUAUUAGUUGAUAACACUUCAAGCGCAUACAUUGCGGACUUCUACCCAGAAAUUGUCAAGAAUGGUAUUUCCAUUGCUACUCCAAAUAAGAAAGCUUUUUCAUCCGAUUUCAAAGUCUGGCAACAAUUAUUUGAAGGUAAACAAACAGACGGUUUAGUUUACCAUGAAGCUACAGUUGGUGCUGGUCUGCCUAUUAUUAGCUUCCUAAGAGAAAUUAUCCAAACUGGCGAUGAAGUGGAAAAAAUUGAAGGUAUUUUCUCAGGUACCUUAUCAUACAUCUUCAACGAAUUUUCCACGAUUGACUCUAAGAAUGACGUGAAAUUUUCAGAUGUCGUUAAAGUAGCUAAAGAAUUAGGUUACACAGAGCCAGAUCCAAGAGACGAUUUAAAUGGUUUAGAUGUUGCUAGAAAGGUCACUAUUGUGGCUAGAAUUUCUGGUUUACCAAUCGAAAAUCCAAGUGCAUUCCCUGUUCAUUCUUUAGUUCCUAAGCAAUUAGAAUCUGUUCAGUCUAUUCCAGAAUUUUUAGAACAAUUACCAAACUAUGAUGAUGAAUUGAGAAAACUGAAGGAAGAAGCCGCUAAAGAAAAUAAAGUAUUAAGAUUCAUCGGUAAAGUUGAUUUGAAAGCUAAGACUGCUUCUGUUGGUAUUGAAAAAUACGAGCAUUCUCAUCCAUUUGCCUCAUUAAAAGGCUCUGAUAAUGUUAUUUCUAUCAAGACUAAACGUUAUACCAAUCCAGUUGUCAUUCAAGGUGCAGGUGCCGGUUCUGCUGUUACCGCAGCUGGUGUUCUAGGUGAUGUUAUCAAAGCUGCUCAAAGAUUAGCUAAAUAA